GGGGACUCCAAGGCCUUAUACGACUCGCUGCUUUCCAAGAGGCCCCGACCGCCCAAGCCGCAACACGCCAUCACGGUGGCCGUGUCCUCCCGAGCCCUCUUCGACCUGGUGGAGGAGCGGCGCAUCUACGAGGAGCAAGGCGUGGAGAAGUACGUGCAGUACCAGCAGCAGAACGAGAACGUCACCCUCAAGCCCGGCCCGGCUUUCUGCUUCGUCAAGGCGCUGGAGCACGUCAACACCCGCCUCUGCGAGCUGUACCCCAACGAGGAGGAACGCUUCGAUAUCGUCCUCAUGACCAACAACCAUGCCCAAGUGGGAGUGAGGCUCAUAAACAGCAUCAAACACUACGGUUUAACAAUUGAACGUUUCUGCAUGACGGGAGGUAAAAGCCCUGUUGGUUACCUGACUGCUUAUCUUACCAACUUAUAUCUGUCUGCAGACUCUGAAAAGGUCCAAGAAGCUAUAGAAGCAGGCAUUGCAUCAGCUACAAUGUUCACCUCAAACAAAGAUAUUUCCUACUCGGAUACCGAGCUCAGAGUGGCAUUUGAUGGGGAUGCAGUUCUCUUUUCUGAUGAAUCAGAACAGAUUGUCAAAGAGCAAGGAUUAGACAGAUUUUUUGAACAUGAACAGCUGAACGAGAAUAAGCCUCUUGCACAGGGUCCUUUGAAAGGUUUUCUCGAAGACCUAGGGAAACUCCAGAAGAAGUUUUAUGCAAAAAAUGAACGAUUAAAUUGUCCUAUAAGGACCUUCCUGGUCACAGCCAGAAGUGCAGCAAGUUCUGGAGCCCGAGUACUGAAGACUCUUCGUAGCUGGGGUCUGGAGAUUGAUGAGGCACUUUUCCUAGCAGGAGCUCCUAAAGGACCAAUCUUGGGGAAAAUUCGUCCUCAUAUUUUCUUUGAUGACCAGAUGUUUCACAUCGAAGGAGCACAGAAAUUAGGCACCAUAGCUGCACAUAUUCCCCAUGGCAUUGCUCAGAAAUAUCAAAAAUCCACAUAACUGGAUGGCAACAUUAAAGCCAGCCUCUAAUAUACAAAUAGUUGUGUCUGAAAAAAUCUGUAUGUAUAUAUUGCAAGCACUGUUUUAAGAAUUUACUUCUGGCUAGAACAACCUUUAAAGGAAAUAUUUUUUCAUAUAGGUAAGUUUUUAAUGGUUAUUUUAAUAGUAUUCUUAAGCAGUUUAGGGUUUU